AAACCCCUGAAGACUUUAUUUGAUAGUACUUAAACUAACGUCUCAGUAAUCUGCUUUGUUCAUUCAGAGCUCGCACUCGGUCACCCUUGGGUCGUCAAUAUGGCGGUGUGGUCUCUGGGAUGCGAUGUGCCCGUUUGGAUCAUAUUGUCGGCUCUGACUUUAAUUCUCCUGUACCUGUAUGGUACGUGGCCUUACUCAUUCUUCAGCGAGAGAGGGAUCCCAGGACCAAAGCCUUUGCCUUUUAUUGGAAACUUGAUUGACUUUUUCACAAAGGAGGAAUUAGUAAACCAAAGGAAGUGGGUGAAGCAGUAUGGGAAAAUCUACGGGUAUUACUUAGGUCGACAACCUGUGUUAUGUGUGCACGACCCAACUUAUACUGGAGAAUAUUAUGGUGAAGAAUUUCUCCAAGUUCUGUAACAGAGAUGGAAACACACCGAUCAACCACCCGAUGGACAAGUGUCUCAUAUUCCUUAAAGACAGUCACUGGAGAGGAGUAAGAAAUGUUGUUUUGCCAACGUUUAGUUCCGGAAAACUGAGAAAGAUGGUUCACGUGAUCACUGAUUGCGGAAGGCGAUUAGAUGGAAGAUUCCACAAACUGGCUGAAGCUGAGCAAACGGCGGAUUUAAAAGACUUGUUUGGUUGCUACGCCCUUGACGUCAUAUCCGCUACCGCGUUUGGACUGCAGGUCGACUCCCAAAAAGACAAGAACGAUCCAUUUCUCAUUCACGUGGGAAAGAUUUUCGAAAUGUCUAUUCCUAUCAGCUAUUUGAUAUACACAACAUUGCCGUUCCUGCGUGGUCUAAAUGAUUAUAUGGGUUUGGGAAUUUGGCCAAAAGAUAGUAUCAAGUUUUUCAAUGAAACCAUUACAAGAAUGGCAGCGUCGAGAGACAAAGGCUCCACUGAACGAAAUGACUUUCUCCAGCUUCUCAUUGACGGUGAAUCCAGUGAUUUCGGGGACGGUGCAGGCAGGCGAAGUCUUUCUACUGAAGAACUGGUUGCGCAGGCGUUUCUUUUCUUCAUUGCUGGAUACGAAACUACGGCUACCUUAAUGACUUUAGUUUGUUUCAACCUAAGUCGGUACCCGGAUUUGCAAGAGACGGUGUAUCAAGAAAUGGUCGAUGUUCUUGGAGAUGACGAACCGACCUACGAGAUGAUGUCCAAGCUGGUUUACCUAGAACAGUGUUUGAAUGAAACCCUCAGGAUGUUCCCACCCAUCCAGUCCAUGAGCAGGGAAGCCAGUGAAGAUGUUGAUAUCGGGGGAUACAAGAUUCCCCAGGGCACAGUCAUCAAUCUGCCCUUCAGAUACAUUCACAUGGACCCAGAGAUCUAUCCAGAGCCUGAAGUCUUCAACCCUGAUCGAUUUGCCCCAGAAAAACGUGCCACGACAAAACUUUCCUUCAUGGCGUUCGGACAAGGCCCUCGAAUCUGUCUUGGAAACAGACUCGCUAUUCUGGAGGCCAAGAUUGCCCUGUCUUUUGUGCUGAGAAAAUACGUCCUCACUCCCGAAGGCGAUUCAGCGGCUGAACUCAAAUUUCUCCCUGGCCCAAUACUCAUGGCUUCGACCCCUGUUAAGGUGGGAUUGAAGCCCCGUACCUAAAUCACGCGGCCCGGCAACUGUGACGAGAUCUUGCGGGCCACAACGUAACCUGGGCGAAGUAACAUGAUCCAUACAUACAUACACUUUGCAAAGAAUUUCUUUGCGUGUUGUAUUCUCUGAUGUUAUGGAAAUAUCGAGUUCCCAACCACCAUGUUGCAAUAUGGGAGAUUCCAUCUGAAUUAUGUGUUGUUGAAAUUCAUAAGACUGAAAAUUGCACAAGCGGGAAGACGUACAAUUUGUGUGAACUUGCCUUUAUGUUUCAUCAUGGCGUUAUUUCAUUGAACUUAUCUGCUGCUCAGACAGACAAGAUGGAGACCUUCAUGUUGUCAGUAUUUGCACAAGGAGAAAGACGUGCAAUUUGUGCGAAUUGACUUGCCACUGUGUUGCAAUAUGCCGGUAUUUGGUAAAACUAUCUGCUGUUCAAAUAGACAGAACGAAAACCUCCAAUUUCCUGAAGUGGGAAGACGUUUUACUUGAGUGAAUUUGCAUAUUACCUGUAAUUAAGAUAGACGUCUAUCGUAAUCAUAGGUAUUACAAUAUCAACAGGUAAACGGGUGAGAAAAAAAGACUGCAAUAGUCACGUUGUUUCUGCUUGUUUGUCUCUAAUAUUUUAAUAUUAUUCCAAUAAA